AUGCCGGUGUCCCGAAUGAGGGCCUCUUUGUUGCUUCUUGCACUACUGACAUCAUGCGACUAUGCUGAAUCCUUUCGACAUGCAGCACAAAAUAAGAUGAGGUUCAAACUGCCUUCCAUAAAGACGUAUGAAAGAAACGGAUUAUCGGCAAAAUUUGUGGAUGGCACACACAAUUCCUCGACUGAAAGAGAGCAUGCGUGCAACAAGGCUCUCAAAGUAGCACUGCUACAAAACCUGUCCGUAGAUCUUGCAAAACUAUCGACGAUUCGCCCUGUAUCGCCAGCUGCUGAUUUCAGCGCACCGGCAGCUAUCAUUUCCGCUGGAUCCAGCUACACUCGCAUUUGGACACACAGUACGUGGGAAAGCCAUUCUCGCCCUCCCCACGUGCGAUAUACAAACCAUGUUAUCCGAUGGGGAGCCAGCUCUACCGCGCGCAAAAUUCUCCCCACGGUUCUGCUCGCUGCAGCCUGGGCUGCUUUGGUCGCGAGGCUGGCGCGAUCGAAUUUUUGGGUCUUAAGGUUCUUGACGGCGACGGAACCGUCCAAGGCCUUCGGAUUUCUAGCAGCUCCGCUCGCAUUGUUACUAACGCUUCGUGCGAACGCCAGCAUGCAAAGACUUUUGGAAGCUAGAUUAUUAUGGGGUCGCUUAAUCCUCCACACUCGAUCGUUGGCCAGUGUUAUCAGGGUUUACCUUUACCCUGCUUGCCCACAAGCGUCGACAUUAGCCAUUCGACAUAUAGCCAUGAUGGGAUGGAUCCUGAAGGCUACAUUGCGUGGAGAAAGUUCCGAGUCGCAACAGGCUGUGUUACGGGUCAUGCUCCCUGACGAACGGGAUUUCCAAUGGCUUGCUUCGCAUCCCAAAACGAGCGUCGCGGUGACAUACAGAUUACGACAAAUCUGUUCGCACAUGUUAGAAUCUUUGAUCGAUCGAUCUUCCUCUUCGGCAAUAAAGUUUGUGAUUGAAGAUAAAAUCGGAUCGUUGGAGGAGGUCGUUGGCGGGUGCGAACGGCUAUUUGGGAGUCCGAUUCCACCAACCUACAGUCGACACUUGAGUCGCGUUGUAGUUAUGUGGGUUUUGCUCCUACCGAUGUCUUUGCUCUCAUCUCCGGGGCUUUCCACACUCGGAAUUUCCAUAGCGACCGCCGUCGGAACCUAUGUUCUGGUAGGCAUUGACGAAGUUGGCAUGGAAAUCGAGAAUGUCUUCCAGAUGCUACCCCUACAGCAAUUGGCGGGUGCGGUACAAAACGAUGUGCGCGACCAAUUUAUUCCCAAGCAGGGGGAAAUGCCAAGGGUUAUUUUGUAG